AUGAGUUACCUCACCGACUGGAUGCCUUUGGCACUACCCACGGACGAGAAAAUAUUUAGCACAGGAGGCAGUAUCAAAGAGGAGUUCACCGAAUAUAUUUCUGAAGAUACUUGUGAAGAAAUUAAGGAUCAGAAAUUUGAUUAUGUAGAUAAGGAGAGAGAUGAAGUGGGCGACGUGAAAGUGACCCAUGAACGUUAUUUCUUUCAUAAUCUUCAUGACAUAAGACAUGAAGCAAAUGGAAAGGAUUCAUAUAACUUAGUUCAGGAUCGUGAUGACAUGUUAAAAACGCCACUAAUAGCGGAGAAUUUUGGAAGAAUCGUUUUACAGAUGGGGAUCAACCCAAAGAAUAAAGUGGCCCUUUUCGAGAAAAGUAAAGUAGUGAGGCAUAUGAGAAUACAUACAAAGGAGAAACCAUACUGCCGUGAAUUUUGCAAUAAGGCCUUCGUAACCAAAUCCAGUCUAGUAAGGCAUAUCCGAAUGCAUACACAUGAGAAGCAGUACAGUUGUGAGAUUUAUAAUAGAUCUUUCUCAAGGAAGUUUACUCUAGUGUGCCACGUGAGAAUGCAUACAAAGGAAAUGCCAUACAGAUUGUGUCAUUUGAGAGUACAUACAAAUGAGAAUCGAUACAGCUGUGAGAUUGCAAUAAGGCCUUCCUAUUCAAAAGCAAUCGAGUAA